AAUUACUCAUUUACAUUUCAAGCAUUUGAAGUACCUAUCCUCUCUCAAUUUGCCAUAUUAUUCCUAUAUAUUUUGUAUACCUUUCUCUGUGCACAGUAUCAAACUCCUACAAUAGAUAAUAUAAAUGAAAGUAUGUUUUCUUUCCCUUUUUUUUAUUUAAUUGGUCUAGAUUAAAGGGCUUUGCUCUCCAAGACAUAUGAGAUUGAUACAGUUAAUGUUUCUUUUAAAUAGUUGCAAGUUAACAGCUGCAGGAAAAAUGUUCAAGGAGGGAAUUCCAGAGGACUUGUUCUGAAGAAGGUUUCUAUUAUGGUAACAAGAACAAAAGCUAAGUCAGUUGUGUACCUGAGUGUUUUGAAGUAUAGAGUUCACUGUAGUAGGAGAAAAAGCAGAGAGGAGAACAUGUCUGUAAGCUUGAAGUUGGAAUGUGUUAGUGAACAACUUAAUGGCAACAGUUGGCUGGCCUUUCUUUGGAUGUGGUCUAAAAUGUAUGUGUAAUAGCAACAGCACCAUCCCAGUUGCGGAAGCAAUGUUUCAUUCAAGCUUUGAGAGGGGUUGUAGUAGAUGGGAGAUGGAGUGAAGUAUUUUCUAGUCUUGAAAAAGAAGACAAAUCUUUGACUGUAUUGAAAAUGUGCAGGAGUGAUAAGAAGGUCUAACAGUUGUAACAACCUCAACAGUUCUAGUUGCAUACUGUUCAUAUUUAUUUGAGAGGAUGAUAUGUGAGCAUCAUAAAUAGAUGACAAAAUGAUGCUUAAGUAAACCAUAACAAAACUCCACUGAAUGACAAUGUAUCUACUAGAACAUUCAAAUAGUUAAUUCAGUAUUUGUGAAACUCACUCUGUAUGAGAAUAUAUAAUUGUAGAAAAUUAUGCAAUCUCAUUAAAAUAGAAUCUUAAAAUAUAUUGAUUUGUAGGUUGUUUCUUAUCACUUUUUCAAAGAAUGCACUAUCAUUUUAUUCUGAUCAUUCUCUAAAUAUAAAUGUAGUGGUCAGCAAGAUUUUCCAAUUAAAAUGGUACAUUUAUACUGUUGAAAAUAUGGUAGCUAAGAUUGUUUCUAUAUUUUACUGAAUUAAGACAUACCUUAUUAAUGUAUAUCAAAUGUAAACAUACAGCUGUAGGUAAUUUUAAGAAACUCAAAUCCACAUUUCAUACCUAACCAAAACUGGCAGAUCAGUUAGCAUGUCAGGUAGAAUGUAUUACAAUAUUUGUUCUGACCCUCUGAGCUCCAAGUUCAAAUCCUGUUGAAGUCACCUUUGGUGUUAAUUUUUUCGAGACAGAUUGAAACGUACCAGCCAAAUGCUGGUGGAGCUCUUUUUUGCAUCCAGCUGACACAUUUGGGAUGCUCUGCUCUGUUAAGGAUAGGAAUGUUGAGAGGAUAUCUGUGUCUGCUUGUGACUGAACAACUAAAAGUAUUAGCAAAAGCAUGACACACUCUGAUAGCAAGCCAUACUUAACUGUGAGAGAUGGAUGUAGUUUUUUAUUAUUUAUAAAUAUCUAUCCGAAAUAUAUGAACAUACUUAGAAAUUCAUCAUCAUGGGUUCGACAGUUUGAAAGAAGCUGGCAAGUUAGAAGAUUAUACCAAGCUCUAAAUUUAUAAUAAUGUUUAAGGUGAUAUUUUUUUAAAGGUAUUUCAGCAUCAAUUAAUGAAAGAUGAAAACUGACAUUACAGUUGGACAGGUAUGGAGAAAAGGCCAGAGGUGCAAUAGCUCAACUUCCUUGAUGGCAAAUGGGAUUUAGCUACGUAUGAGAAAGUGGAGCAUUUGGUUAAACUCAGCUUCAGAAUUUAACCAAAUAAGGGGAUAGCUGAUUUGAUGUGAUGAAGAAAAAGAAGAGAAAUUAAGGUAGGAGUAGGAAUCAAUGAGUUAGUAAAAGUUGGAGAAGAGGUUAAGGUAAUCAUUGGAAUAUGAGAUGUCCAACAAAUUAAUAGAGGAAAUGAACGAUGGUACUGACAUAGUUAAUGAUUGUAUCACUCUGAAUUGAGAACCAGCAAACCAAUGUAAAUUCUGGACUUCAAAGUAACCAAUUAACUGGCAUGGGUAGAGCACAGUCAGACACACUAUGACAGAAUAAUUAAGAAAUGUCAGUGCGAAAGAUUUUCUGAUCAGUAUGACGAUAAAACAACCUGUGAUCGUCACUCAAACAGCUUUUGUUUUAAAAAAGAAAAAGAGAAAGGGGAGUGCAUUUUGUAAUACACUUAGGUACUUUGGAAAAAGAGAUGGACAGAGCUGGACCACUUUUGACUAUAGAUAUGCUGGUUGAAGAAUAUCUUCAAAUUAAACAAGGAAAGCCACACCAGAAAACGAAGCUCUAAACAUAUUGCCGGAAAAAAAGACAGGAAGACGGAGACAAAUCUAGAAUACUAUAGUCCUAAUAAGAGUGACUGACGAGAAACAAAAACUUCAGCAUGUAUAUCACUCUCUAAUGCACAGAGGCCAGUUUUACCGGUUCUUCCUCUACAGUCAAUGAUACUUCCGUUAUGUCAUCCUCGUUCGUUUACAAUUUAUAAACAUUGUUGAUAUAUUAUUUCUCUAUAUUUAUUCAGUCUUAGUAAUAGUCAAUCAACUACCGUAGUUGAAUUUAAAAAACUGUUCAGUAAUGAGAAGAAAACAGAGAAGUAGUUGAAUGUUCUGGUGAAUUUAUCCUCGCUGAUUUAAAGUCUGACUUCAGUACAUCUCAUUAUUUCAUUUAACUGCAUAGUGUUAUCAGAUAACAUUGAGAUUAAAAUAUUUCACAGAAGACUGAAAAUAACUUCAUCAACCUAAUGUUAACUAUUUUCUAUAACUCUUGGUUGAACGGAUGUGAAAAAAUUUAUUUGGAACUAAGAAUAUUUGUAAAAAUUACAACACGUUUACUGGACAAUUUUCUGUACUUCGAGGAUUUACCAUGAAUUUUUACAGUCUUAUGUGUAAGGAUUUUAAUUUCUGGAUAUAUUUUGUGCAUUGGAGCUAGUUUAAUAAUGAUCCUUUAGUUACUUGUUAUCAAUUUACAAAAUUCUGUCUAAUAAAUUCACUUGAAGUUCUUUUUCAAGAGCCAAAACAUCAUUAGGCUUUAAUAAAAACCAUCAUACAGAGAAAAUAUUGAUUAAAAGAGAAACGUUAUGGAUGAGACAACUGAGCCUGAAGCAACUGAUUCAUCUAAUCAGACAGAAGAAAAUACAGAGGUGAAAUUGCACCCUUGUGAUAUAUGUUGGAAGUUAUUCACUUCAAGGAAAUUGUUAUCUUCUCAUAAAUGUAUUCACACAAUCAAAAAACAACAUCAGUGUGAUAUUUGUGGUAAAACAUUUGCUCAGAGUAGUCAUUUCUCUCGACACAAACGCAUUCACACAGGAGAAAAACCAUACCGCUGUGAUAUUUGUGAUAAAAGUUUCUCUCAAAAGUAUAAUUUCUCUCAACAUAAACGUAUUCACACUGGGGAAAAGCCAUACCAUUGCGAUAUUUGUGGUAAAGCAUUCUCUGAGAAUGGUGGUUUAGUUGCCCACAAACGUAUUCAUACAGGAGAAAAACCAUACAAAUGUGAUAUCUGUGAUAAGGCAUUUUCUGUGCCUGGCAAUUUGGUUACCCACAAACGUGUUCACACUGGUGAAAAACCAUAUCAGUGUGAUAUCUGUGGUAAAUCCUAUUCUGGAAGUUCUAACUUGUCUACACACAAACGUACUCACGCAGAAAAGAAUCCAUACCACUGUGAUAUCUGUGACAAAUCAUUUUCUGGAAGUGCUGCUUUGUCUCGCCACAUACGUCUUCACACAGGAGAAAGACCAUAUCAUUGUGAUAUCUGUGAUAAAUCAUUCUCUCAAAUUGCACAUUUCUCUCGACACAUACGUAUUCACUCAGGGGAAAGACCAUACCACUGUGAUGUAUGUGGUAAAACAUUCCCUGAAAGUGGUCAUCUCUCUCGACACAAACGUAUUCACACAGGGGAGAAGCCAUAUAAUUGCGAUGACUGUGGUAAAGCAUUCUCUGAGAAAGGUCAUUUAGUUGACCACAAACGUAUUCACACUGGAGAAAAACCAUACCAUUGUGAUGUUUGUGGUAGAGCAUUUGCUCUUUCAAGUACUUUAGUUUCCCACAAACGUAUUCACACAGGAAAGAGACCAUACUACUGUGAAAUCUGUGGUAAAACAUAUUCUGAAAGUGCUGAUUUGGUUCUCCACAAACGUAUUCACACAGAAGAAAGACCAUAUGACUGUGAUAUCUGUGGUAAAACAUGUUCUGGAAGUGCUAAUUUGUCACGUCACAUACGUAUCCACACAGGAGUAAGACCAUACCACUGUGAUGUCUGUGGUAAAACAUUCUCUCAAAGUGGUCAUUUCUCUCGACACAAACGUAUUCACUCAGGAGAAAGACCAUACCACUGUGAUAUCUGUAGUGAGACAUUUUCUAGAAGUGAUAAUUUAACUCAACACAAACGUAUACACACAGGAGAGAAACCAUAGCUAUGAUACAUUCAUAAUAAACUAUUUUCUACAAAUAACUCUAUUUUAUCAUUAAUUUAUUUGAGUAUAUGGAUUUUACAACACCACUGUCCUCUUUUCUUCACCAUCAUUUUAACAUCCAUUAUUUCAAGGUUGGCAAUACAUUUGAUAUACCAUUACAUCUUCUCUAUGUACCGAGUAUGUGAAUAAGCUAAACAUUUCCUGCAUUCGUUAUUAACUACUUCUGUUACAUCUAAAACAUCUAAUUUAUCACUUCCAGAAUAUCUCUACAUCAUUUGUAUAUCUUUCUCUAAACAAUUUUUGAGCUUCUUCUUAAUUCCUUUCUACAUAUUAAAUAAGCCACUUUCCAGAAGUCACAAGCAUUUUGUACUGCUUCAAAAACAUUCUCCAAAUAUAAAUAAACUGUUUGUUCUUAAUUGAAACUUUCUCUUGCCAGUGAAUUAGUUGAAAUAUAGUACCAAUAGCGCCACAUUUUGGCACAAACACAAAUUACAUUUUAUCCAAGUUGACACUAUUCUGUUUCAAUUUUAGCUAAACUAUUAGUUAUUUUCUAGAUCUGAUUUAUGAUUCUGAAGCGUCUGUAACUGUCUAUUUUCGAUGCAGUCUUUAUGAUUAUUCUUUCUUGCAGUUGAGGAAACAACUGAAGUUGUCUUUGGAGUUAAUAUUUUCCUACUCAAUCUGGUUAGCUGAGUGUGAGCUAGCAUAACAGUUAUAUGUCUUGAUGCUUUCAAUAUCUCAGUAAUUAUUACUUAUGAACCUGUUGCUUUCCCCGUCUUUGCUGAAACUAAUCUUAAGAACUCCACAUGGAGUACUCCCACAUGUUUCCACUUAUACUCCUCAUUUAACAUUCAAUAAGAAUAAAUGUACCAGUAUUACUUCUGAUGAACUUGUGCAUUGACAUUCUGGUUUAUAUGAACAGAUUGUCUUGCAGUUUGGAUUGAUUUUGUAGGUUAUCAAGUGUAGAGUAGUGAUAACCAUGGCAUUUGGUAUGUUUGUGCGAUAGCAGUUAAUGGAAUAGCAUGAGUGUAAGAAGAAUUCUAAAUGGUUGCAGUUAUGAACUUUAGUUUCACUAUAGGCCAUUGUAGAGCAAAGAGAGGAAACCACUCGUGUGUGCUAGUGGUUAUAGUAAGUGAAUCAUUAUAAAUCAAUCACUUCAAUUAAGACAACAUCAACAUGUACCUCAUAUUCACCUGCAAAGUAAGUAACCAGUUUUCUGAUACUUCUGUUGUAAAAAUGAUAAGAGCCUUUCAUCAGAAAAAUUCAAGAAUUUUAAUCCCUCUUUAUUCCUUGUAUCAAGUUCAAUGCUUCCAUAUCAGUGUAUCAUCUUUGUGUUACCUUACAUGGCCAUAGUAAUUAACCACUAUGAAAAUGAUAUCAUUGAUAUCGAUUUUUGGAGUAUCUUAGACAAGGAGAUUAUAAAAUCUGUCCUUUUGCUUGUCUAAUAGACAAUCCUACUUUUGGGACUUAAGCGGAGAUGUUUCAGUGUUGUACAGAUUGGUUUAGAAUAUUUCAUUAUUGUUUUCAUAAAUACAGUUGCACAGGAAAGAACUGAUAAAUGUGGUAUUUUCACCAAGCAUUAGCAUCAUAUACAAAUAGCCACAUAGAAACAAUUGGAGAGCUGGCAGAAAUGUUAGCAUGCUGGGCGAAAUGCUUCGCAGUAUUUCGUCUGCCGCUACGUUCUGAGUUCAAAUUCCGCCGAGGUCAACAUUGCCUUUCAUCCUUUCAGGGUCGAUAAAUUAAGUACCAGUUACACACUUCGGUCGAUGUAAUCGACUUAAUCCCUUUGUCCUUGUUUGUCUCCUCUAUGUUUAGCCCCUUGUGGGCAAUAAAGAAAUAAGAAACAA